CAACUUUAACUGAUUUCAGUUUGAUUUAAAUCGAUCCAAUUCCGAUCCGGUUUUAAUUUUGAACCGGCCCUGGCCGGUCAUAGUUGCGGUCAUUUGCACUCCCAGUCUCCCUUCCUCACUUCUACUUUCUCUUCUCCAUCAACAAUGCCCUGAUCAAGUGUUGCUUGUUUUUCUAGCAGAAACACUCCCUCAAUAAGCUCAAAAAUGUUGUCGUUUUUGCUCUCUCGCGCUUCACGCAACACCACCACUAGAAGGUUACUCAGUUCCUCUCUCUCCUCUUCGCUUUCUCUCUUCAACGACAUAGUCAUCGUCUCUCCAAGUCGCCCAUCAGAACCAAACCCUAAAACUAACCAGAUCAUCCGUACACUUUACCCAUUUACUCAAUCUUACUACUGGAGGAAUUUCGAAUUUUCCCGCAACUAUCUGAACUCUAAUUUCUCCAAUUUGAGGUUUGUUGGAGGAAUUUCCACUUUGUCGAGCUCGAAGAACGAGGAUAAUCGGGAGAAUGGAGGGUUGUCGAAAGAAGGAGAGGUGUCUUGGAUUGAUUUGUACUUGCCGAGACUGGUUCGCCCUUAUGCACGGCUUGCUCGACUUGAUAAGCCGAUAGGAACUUGGCUGCUUGCUUGGCCUUGUAUGUGGUCGAUUACGUUGGCAGCAACCCCAGGGCACCUUCCUGAUUUUAAGAUGAUGACUUUAUUUGGUUGCGGGGCUUUGCUUUUAAGGGGUGCUGGAUGUACCAUAAAUGAUCUCAUUGAUAGAGAUAUUGAUACCAAGGUGGAGCGUACAAAGUUGAGACCAGUUGCAAGUGGUCUUUUGUCACCAUUUCAAGGGCGUUGUUUUCUUGGUUUUCAAUUGCUCUUGGGUCUUGGAAUUCUCCUUCAACUAAAUGAUUAUAGCCGCAUUUUGGGAGCUUCAUCCUUGUUGCUAGUCUUCUCCUAUCCCCUCAUGAAGAGAUUGACAUUCUGGCCUCAAGCCUAUCUAGGUUUGACAUUUAACUGGGGAGCUUUGUUAGGUUGGUCUGCUAUUAAGGGAAGUUUAGAUCCAGCUAUUGUUUUGCCACUGUACAUGAGUGGAGUAUUUUGGACCCUUGUGUAUGAUACAAUAUAUGCACAUCAGGAUAAGGAGGAUGAUCUCAAAGUGGGUGUUAAAUCAACUGCCCUGAGAUUUGGGGAUUCAACAAAGGAAUGGAUCACUGGGUUUGGAAUUGCAUGCAUUAGUAGUCUUGCCCUCAGUGGAGUCAAUGCUAAUAUUGGAUGGCCGUUUUAUGCAUUUUUGGCAGCUGCUUCUGGACAUUUAGCUUGGCAAAUAUGGACAGUUGACCUAUCUUGUCGGGCUGAUUGCAACAGAAAGUUUGUGUCAAAUAAAUGGUUUGGUGCAUUAAUUUUUAGCGGGAUUUUGUUUGGUAGAUACUUGUGAUAGAGUUGAACUUUUCAACGUUGUUUUGAAAACAAGCAGCAGAAAAUCUUUGAACAAGCUUUGAAUAUUAUUCCAUUAUAAUGUAUCAGAAACUGACAAUGGGAUUGGGAGACUAACCCAUUAUCAAUCUUCAAACUGGAUAACCAAACAGGAAGGCAUUCAAAGUUAAUUUGUGAAGGGAUUCAAUGUGCAGACUCCUGGAUUCUCAUUGAUUGAUAUUUGCCUUCCUAACUUCAUGCUCCCGCAUAGUUUCUGCCUUUCUGUGACUGUAAUGUGUAUCAGAGGUCUCUAGCUUUUUAACCAAAGAAAGAAAAGAAUAGCCAUUCUGUCAUAUUAGCUGAAAUUAUGAUUGAUCUUCUGGCCAUUGUUUUUGUUUUCAUUGAGAUCAUUAAUUUCCACAUGUAUUUUGAAUCAGAACUUACAAAGUUUUGUUCUGAUUAUUGGGUGAUUGAUCCUUUGUAUUAAGACA